CCAGGUCUGGGAUCAGUCCCUGGGAAACACGGAGGCAGGGAGGACCCAGGCCUCCACCGUGAGUCACACCCUUGUUCUGUGACAGUAAGGAUGGCCAGGCCUCUGGAGCAGGCAGUGGCUGCUAUCGUGUGCACCUUCCAGGAAUAUUCAGGGCGCUGUGGGGACAAGCACAAGCUCUGCCAGGCGGAGCUCAAGGAGCUGCUGCAGAAGGAGCUGCCCUCCUGGACUCCGAUGGUGUUUCGGGAGUGUGACUACAGUAAAUUCAUGAGUCUUCUGGACACCAACAAGGAUUGUGAGGUGGACUUUGCGGAGUACAUGCGCUCACUGGCCUGCCUCUGCACCUACUGCCACGAAUACUUCAAGGACUGUCCUCCGGAGGCCCCCUGCCCCCAGUAGCCUCUGCUCCCCAGGGUCUGCUGCAUUCACCCCUGCCCCCUCCUGGCAUGUCCUGGAUGUGCCCCUGAUCUCUUAACCCAUAUCACCCAUGAGGCAGGGAGAUGGAGGGGGCCUCCCCAGGAUCAUAUUAGGGAGGGGCGUCCUACCAGUGGCUCUGGGCUGAGGUGGGCAGAGGCCGGGAUCUGUUCUGAGGCUGUCCCGGCCCAGCACUGAGGAGAUCAUGAUGGGGAA